AGUAGAGAGGGAGAGUGAGCCCAGCGCCGCAGGCAGACUCGGAGGGAAUGGAGGAAGCGGUCAUGUCUCGCUACAUGAGGCCCCCCAACACCUCUCUGUUCGUCAGGAACGUCGCGGACGCCACCAGGCCUGAGGACUUGUGCCGUGAGUUUGGUCGAUAUGGUCCUAUAGUAGACGUUUACAUUCCACUUGACUUCUACACUCGCCACCCAAGAGGAUUUGCUUAUGUUCAAUUUGAAGAUGUUGGAGAUGCUGAAGGUGCUCUUUAUAACCUCAAAAGAAAAUGGGUAUGUGGCCGUCAAAUUGAAAUACAGUUUGCACAAAGUGAUCGCAAAACACCAGGGCAAAUGAAAUCAAAAGAGCGUCAUCCUUGUUCUCCAAGUGAUCAUAGGAGAUCAAGAAGCCCCAGCCAAAGGAGAACUCGAAAUCGAAGUUCUUCAUGGGGAAGAAACAGGCGGCCUUCUGACAGCCUUAAAGAGUCUCGACACAGGCGUUUUUCUUACAGCCAGUCUAAAUCCCGUUCCAAAUCACUACCAAGGCGGUCUACCUCAGCAAGGCAGUCAAGAACUCCAAGAAGGAAUUCUGGUUCUAGGGGACGGUCAAGGUCCACAUCCUUACAAAAAAGAUCCAAGUCAAUAGGAAAAUCACAAUCAAGUUCACCUCAAAAGCAGACUAGCUCAGGAACAAAAUCAAGAUCACAUGGAAGACAUUCUGACUCCAAAGCAAGAUCCCCAUGUAAAUCUCCCAGAGGGUAUACCAAUUCUGAAACUAAAGCACAAACAGCAAAACAUUCCCAUUUUCGGGCACAUUCCAGAUCUCGGAGUUACCUUCAUAAAAACAGUUGGUGAACACAACAGAAGAGCACUACGUAGUCUUUAAUAUAAGUUAUUAAACCUCUCAUUAUGUUAAAUAAAAAUUCUUCAAGGCUUACCGAAAAUGUGAGUUGAUAUUACUUUGGGUAUGUAGAAGAAAUAAAAUCUCUCUAGCUUUGGAUUGAUUUGGAUUUUGUCUCAAUUUAAGGGCCCUCACCACAAAUUCUGUGUCCAGUGUCACCAUUUUAUGGACCAUUUUUGUUUACAUUGUGACUGAAGAGUACUUUGCAAAGGAAAUGGGUUACAUUGAGUUAAU